AUGAACACUCCGGCUUCUACACCGCCUCCUUCAAGUCCCAGACUACUUCCGUUAAGUCCCAGAUCUCGGUCACUGACUCCAAUCUCGUCUGUUGCCAGUAGCAGAGGAAGAAAACAAGUGUGGCGAGAUAGAUCAUACCUUUAUAGACAAAAUAUUCAACUUCAAAACCAAACACAAGAAUUACUAAGAAAAGUGCAGAAAUACAAGAAAAGACUUCAGCAACUGAAAAAGAAACGUAAUAAAGUGCUUACAACAACAACUCAUAGUAAAAACGAAAAUGAACAAGGCAAAGAAAAAUACAGAAAAUAUACUAUCUUAUCAAAUACCAUUAAGAAACAUUACAAGAACACAAAAGACCACAAAACAAAACACUAUAUUAAAAGUAUACUUGAAGAUCCAGCAAUUCAAUGUUCUGGACAAAAACUUCAACUGGCAAUGGAGACCAUUGGAAUCAGGAGAGUGACAAAGUAUAGUUCCAUCUAG